UCUGAGCUAAGAAACAGUGUUUAAUUUCAUAAAAUUAACUUAAAAGAACUCCAAAUCUAGCAGGAGAGUGUUUGUCUCAAUCCGAACUUCAUCUGCUGUCUUCUGCAAACUGCUAAAGUAUUGGUACAUCAAAUUAUCAUCAUUAUAUCAAUUCAAAGUUUAAAAACAAAACCGCCUUUUGUUUCUGCUUCCAAACUGCAUUAAUAUCACCAUCUCCCACUCUCAACUCUCUUGACAGCUCUUUCCCACCAAGACCAUUCUCUCUCUUUCUCUGCCUUUCCCUCUAAGCCUUCAGAAACGUACCCAAUCUACCGCUAGAAUUCCCUUUCUCCAUUUCCCUUUCUUUCCCCGUCCAAAAGCAGAACUAGAAAGAAAAAGAAAAGCCUUCUCUUUAAGCCAUGAACUCCAACCCCAUGGUCCAAAAAGCAUCAGCUGAUUAACAUAGAAAAGGCAAAAGAAAAGUCUGUAGUGUGGGAGAAGCUAAAGAUUCUUCAGUCAUGGGCUGUUCCGCUUCAAGACCCAACGCUACUCUUUUCACCAAAAGCCAUAAUUCUCCAGAAGAUCCAUAUUCUUGCUCUUCUCUAGAAUCCAUGGUUUCUUCACAUUCUUCAUCACCACCAGUUCCUAGAGCUCUUUCACUGUCCACUCCUCUUGUUCACCACCCACCACUGAGGAAAGGCGAUACCCACCACCUCGUCUCUUUAACAUCUACUACAUAUGGCUCUCUCCUAGUCAUUGACACAAAAGCAUCUGAAAUGAAAAGUCGGGAUUUCUCUGAUCAUCAACUAAAUCAACCGCAACAACAGAAGGACUCACCGGUUCAGGAAAAGGAGUCAUUGUCUCCAGAUUCUGUCAUCAACACUUGGGAGCUCAUGGAUGGGCUUGAUGAUGACUGUGAUUUUGAUCUGGGUAAGCCUAAUUCUUUUGUUAAUACUCGUACCAAGGAGCUUUCAUCAAAAUCUAACACCUUUAGCUGCAAGGGUCUUGAUGUGCCUGUAAAGACAUGUGAGGAUGAUAAACCUACUAAGCCAUCAUUGACAAAGCCAUUAUGGAAACAUUUAUCUGAAGAAUCAUUGUUAUCAAAACUUGACCCAAAUGUGGUUUCAAGUUACAGACGAGCCUUAUCUUCCAGGCAGUUAGGAAGCAAUGAGUCCAGAAGUACGAUAACUGUGGGCUCUAGUCCUUCAUGUUCUUCAUUAUCUGAUAGUUGGUUUAGAGUGCCAAGAACCGAAAACAGAAUUGUAUUAUAUUUUACAAGUUUAAGAGGAAUAAGAAAGACUUAUGAGGAUUGUUGUUCAGUUAGAAUGAUUUUUAGGGGAUUUAGAGUGCCAGUAGAUGAGAGGGACAUCUCAAUGGACUCUAUGUAUAGAAACGAGUUGCAAAGUCUACUUGGAGGGAAAGUGAUUUGUUUGCCACAAGUGUUCAUCAGGGGAAAGCAAGUUGGUGGGGUAGAAGAGAUUAAACAGCUUAAUGAGAGUGGAGAAUUGGCAAAGCUUUUGGAGGGAUUUCCAGUUAGAGAUCCUAGAAUCGUUUGUGAAGGUUGUGGGGAUGCAAGGUUUGUGCCGUGUCCUAACUGUAAUGGAAGCAGAAAGGUGUUUGAGGAAGAUGAAGCAAAGUUGAGAAGGUGCCCAGAAUGCAAUGAGAACGGGUUAAUAAGGUGUCCUGGUUGUUGCUUAUGAUAACUAAUUAGCCAAUGCUAAUUAGGGGAUGCAUACUUUUUAUACUUUAUUUGUGAUUGAAGUUGAUAAAAAAGAAUGUUUCUGGUUUGACUAAUUCCUCGAAUUGCUAUUUGUAGUAGGGUUUUGUUUGGUACUAGUUUCUUUAUGGUCUGCCUACAUUGAGCUGUAUGAAAUAAAAAAAAAUGACA